AUUUUCUUCAGACAAAGUACUGGCCGGCAGUUUGACUAUAAGUAACUGUUCGCAUUUAGUCCGUCAGCUGCCAAGAAUUUGUAGAGCUUCAGUCAUUCCCAUAAUGGGAAACUGCCUGAAAGGCUCUGGACAGGACGACAUUUCACUUUUACACGACGAAGAAAGUACAGAUUCACCGAGAACUGGCGAACCACCGCCGCCAUAUCAGGAGGAAGCGCCAAUCUUUAUACAAAGUCAACAUGCUCCUCAUCUCCUAUCAGAGGAACAACAGAUACGUUUAGCACAACGUUUAGGGUUGAUACAGCACCUUCCUGUGGGAAAAUACGAUGGAUCGAAAGGGAAAAAGAGAGAAUGUGUUAUUUGCAUGUCUGACUUUGCCAUGGGAGACCCAAUUCGAUUUCUUCCGUGUAUGCAUAUAUACCACAAAGACUGCAUUGAGGACUGGCUGGUGAGAUCAUUCACGUGUCCUUCUUGUAUGGAGCCUGUAGAAGCAGCGUUACUAUCCACAUACUAUGAAGCAUCAACUGAAUAACAACAUAAAUAUGGAAUACAAAACAAUAGCAGAUAGAAGACAUUUUUUCCCAUUGACAGGCUAACUGAAGUGUUACUGUUCAGCUUUUAAUAAGCUUAGACAAGUGGUUCCCAUCAGGAGGAUGCAAAAAUACAAAUUGACUAGUGUUUUUAAUUGAUAUCUUGGAGAGUACAUUGGAACAUCACAUUCUGAUCAUAAACUGGUGAUUGAUUAGGUCAUAGUUUUCAUGAUUGUCUCAUGCUCUUAACAUUUACUUCCUUCACAAUUCUUUAUUAUUGAGUCUCUUAUACAUGUUCAGUUGAAACAUCUUUCUCAUGCUUAUGUUCUAAAAUACUAGAAAAAAAAAGUUGAUUUUAGUCCAAUAAGUCCAAUUCAAAAUGUCUACAAAAUGACUUGCUGCACUACUAUGGCAAGAACAGAGGUUUUAAUGGACAUAUCCAGUCCUUGUGACCAUAUACAUUGUAUUAAAGAAUAUUGGUCCUUUGUUUAUUGCAGUGAUAGAAAAAUUUCAAAUUGAUGCAAACAAUCAUUUUCAAUCAGUUUCAAACUUAUUAGUUUUAAAGAAUUUAGAGUUGGACUGACCUUCUACAAUUUUAUGAACUGUGACGUAUUUUCCGAUGAACAUAAUGUUUCAUCCCUUAUUCGACGUGUCCUUGUACUGAAGUUGUUAUUCAAUAAUGUUGAGUUCACUGUUGAGUGAAUCAAUGGCCCAAUAUCAUUGAUAUUACAUUGUUGUAGGGCAGUUGUUUGAGUGCACUCUUGAAGAACAUUGCAUCUUAAGACAGCAUUGUUUGUAUACAAACUUACUCAGUCAUUAGGAGUUUAUAUUACCAUGCUGUUAUAUAAACAGCUGCCCUUAUCAAGGCUGUCACUUUGUAUUAAGGGUCACCUUUUACUUGUUGUUGUACAAGAGGUGGUCAGUAAGGGAUUCCUCAUAAAAAACACAACCAAAUGUGACUGAUAUCUCAGUGCUUUUAGUCCCAAGUGUGACAAAAAUCAGUUUCCUCUAGACUAUGUCAGUACAAUGUCACGUUGAAGGUAAUACAUGUAGAUGCCUGGGUAACCGGUAGUUUAGCCCGAGAGCCAGUUCGCCCUAUGCCAGUUUACCUGGACUGACCGUCCCUUUUCCCGAACUGGAAGUUCAAAGAAGGAUGUGCUGACUUUUCUUUCUUCAAACUAAACAAGUGAAAAAGGCAACAUUGUGAACAUAACAAAACAAGAUAACACACGAUAUGCCUAUUUCUUGUUCUUUAAUCCUCUGAGCAUGGAGCUAACAGUCUACGUGGACCAACUAUCAGUCUGGGUGAACUGACUUUCGGGCGAAGCAACUACAAUUUGAGGCCUGAGCGUUAUCUUGAUGUAUCACCACAUUCUUUAACAUACAAUGAAUCCAAGGUAGUUAACAGGAGAAUUGAUGCUGUGAACUAAGACAGAUAAUUUCCUCUUUAAAGUGCCAUGCAACUUACCUUUCACGUUUAAGUUUUCAACGCAGUUGAGUUUACAGUACAGUGCAGUUCACAGAGACAGUGACUUGUGCAAAUGUUUGUAAAUGCUUAAACCAUAGCCAUCACCUUAUGGCCAAACAGAAUUUAACUUGUUUUUUUCACUGUUUUUAUUUAAUAGCAAUGUAUUAAAAUACUUUUAACAUUAAAUAACUUUAAGAUCUUAAAAUAGUUCUUUCAGUGGUGUUUUCAUAUAUUAGAUUUAAAUUCAAACAGUUUAUAGAUUAGCAUAUAACUAUAAAAGAACAUGUAUGUGCAUGUAUGAUUAAUUUUAUGACCAACAGCUUUUUGUACAUAGCCAACUUCUUGUAAUAAGGUAAUAUUUUAAAAUGUAAAUUGCAACAUUAAACUUGUAAAUAAAUUUGAAAUAGUUA